GCCCGCAGCGGCAAAAAGUGGAAGACGAAGAAGAACCAUCCCGCUGCCACGUGGCGACGACCCGGAACACGGCCGCCAUUUUGAUCUCAGCGUCCCCAUUAAAAAAAAGAGAAAUAUUAAGUCAAAAAUUCAAAGCAGAGACCUCUGCACAUCCGACAAACAGUUAAAUGGCCUCCGUAGAGCGAAGACCACUUCAAUGGGUCUGCUCUGCCAUUUGUUACAACUCCACCACUAACUAUAACCCUAACCAACCUCACAAUACUUAACAACUUGCCAAACCCACUUGCUCCUGCUCUUCAUCACCGCUGUCCCAUGGCUCUUCAUCGUCUGGACCCCCAAUCCGCCGCGGAGAAGGCCAUUUCCGUUAUUGGGUUUGGCUAUGAUUUGACUAACGAUGUCAGAUUGUCUGCCUGCAAACCGGGUCCUUCCGGGUCGAGAUUGAUUGACCUUGGCCCAACUCUCACUCGAGACCUUGUCGUUCCUGGUGGGGUGGUUGUAAGAAACGUUUCCACUGGUAUCAAGUGCGAUAAGGGGGAGCGUACUCGGUUCCGCUCCGAUGUUCUCUCUUUUAAUCAGAUGUCGGAAAAGUUCAAUCAGGAUCUUUCUUUGUCAGGUAAAAUUCCAUCAGGACUAUUUAAUGCCAUGUUCGACUUGAGGGGAUGCUGGCAGAAAGAUGCAGCUUCUGUGAAAAGUGUUGCUUAUGAUGGUUGGUUCAUUACUUUGUAUAACAUUGAGUUGGAAAGAUCUCAUUUAGCCUUGUCCGAGAAGCUGAAACAAGAAGUCCCUACAUCAUGGGAUGCUGCUGCCCUUGCUGAAUUCAUUGAGAAAUAUGGUACUCAUAUUGUCGUUGGAGUGAAGAUGGGUGGUAAAGAUGUAAUACACAUAAAACAAUUACAAAAAUCACAUGCUCAGCCUCCGGAAGUACAGAAAUUGCUAAAGCAAGUAGCCGAUGAGAGGUUCUCUGAGGAGGGAAAUGCUGCUGAAUUGUCGAGAAAAUCAAAGGAAGAUGAACAUUCAGUGUUAUGGGAUCUCCGUGGAUUUGCCACCUCAAUUAGGCCACCUGUCAUUACUUCCAUAAAAAAUGAGGAUAUACUAAGCAUUUCUAUUCGAAGGGGAGGUGUAGAUCUCGGCCAAAGUCAUUAUCAGUGGCUAUCAACUAUUUCACAGUCACCAAAUGUCAUUUCAAUGUCCUUUGUGCCUAUAACAUCUCUUUUGAGUGGUGUUAGAGGCAAUGGAUUUUUAACUCAUGCAAUCAAUCUUUACCUUCGAUACAAACCGCCUAUAGAGGAACUCCAUCAGUUUCUAGAGUUUCAAGUACCUCGGCAGUGGGCUCCAAUACAUGGUGAUCUACCUCUUACUCUUAAGCGCAGAAAGCAAGCAUCCCCAUCUCUUCGGUUUACAUUUAUGGGCCCAAAGCUUUAUGUCAACACCAUGCAGGUUGAUUCCGGAAAUCGGCCAGUGACAGGAAUCCGUUUACACUUGGAAGGAAGGAGAAGUGACCAUUUAGCUAUCCAUCUGCAGCAUCUCUCUACUCUUCCCAGUAUUGUCCAACUCUCAGAUGAUCACAGAUAUGAGCCCAUUGAAGAACCUAUGGAACGAGGCUAUAUUGAACCUGUCAGUUGGAGCAUAUUUUCUCAUGUGUGUACUGCCCCAGUGCAGUACAGUGGAGCCCACAUUGAUGACUCUGCUUCUAUUGUGACAAAGGCCGGGUUUGAGGUUAAGAUUAUUGGGAUGAAGAAAGUUCUGUUCCUGAGGCUUGGAUUCUCAAUGGUGGCAUCAGCAAGGAUCCGCAGAUCAGAAUGGGAUGGACCUUCGACUUUGUCACGGAAAUCGGGAAUCUUCUCAACGCUGAUCAGCACAAGGUUCAGUGCUGGUCUGAAUCCACCACCAGAAAAGCCAGUAAAAGUGGACGUGAAUUCUGCAGUUUUUCCUGGAGGUCCACCCUUGCCGACAAGGGUGCCAAAAAUGGCAAACUUUGUGGACACAAAGGAAAUGGUGAGGGGUCCAGAAGACCCGCCUGGAUAUUGGGUGGUCACUGGUGCCAAGCUUUGUGUAGAAGGUGGUAGAAUCUCAAUGAAAGUGAAGUAUUCGUUAUUAGCUAUAAUGUCAGAGGAGUCUAUGAUGUUGAUGUGAGGAAGCUCACCAUACAGCCAACACACCAAUUUGUAUUCUAUGUAAACGAUACCAGUGUACAUUAUUUGCUAGAUUUAGCUUCUUAAAAUAAUCAAUUUCAAUGGA